UUCGCUUUCAUUAACGACCACAAGGAGUGGGAGGCAACAGUGACACAGUGUAGAAAACGGUCGAUUGACGGGAAGUGAUGUCGCGACUUCUGUGAAGGGAAAGGGUGGACGCUUUAAGGCAUUCAAUUGUUAAAUUGUUCACUGGAAAACGACGACCCCAGACCUAGUAGUGGGUGCUCACAUAAGCUCAAAAUUUUAGUGGUAAAUUGAACAUUUUCGAGGUUGUUUUGUGCGAAACAUUAUUGUUGCCCAGAAGGUUGUGCGCGUGCCUCUUUCGGAAGAAUGAACUUCGAUCGAAUGCGGAUGCGGGUCGUGUUUUGACAGAAAGUGCGUUAUCAGCAGCAGACACGAAGCAGUUUCUAGUUUCAUUGUCAUCUGCCUGCAUUUAAUCGGGCAGCAGUAAUCGGAAGGUUGCCGUUCAUUGCCGCCAGCGAGAAGACAAAGACGGCAUUGGCACGAGUAACAAAAAUCGAGUGGUGAUAGGAAAGUUGCGCGUCCGAGAUAGUAAGAUAUGCCAUCAAAACGUCGCCUACGUCAUACAUCCUCCAGUAAUGCACCACCACAAGUUCUUCUAAACAGUGCAAAAUCGGGUUCGCUCUCGGGACCAGCGACACCAACUUCAUCCACCCUGUCGAUGACGUUAACAACAGCAGCGACCACAAAUCAAAUUCCCAAGUCGAACUCCUCGCCAAAUAAUGUUUCGGGUGGCGACUCAUCAAAUGAUGGUGGCCUAACUGAGAAGCAAUUAAGAAACGCGUAUCUAUUGACACUAACUAAAGAACAACUGAGGGCAGAGUGUCGUAAACGUGGACAAAAAACGACUGGGAAUCGUACUGAGCUGCUUCAACGGUUGGGCGUCAAAAUGUCUCAACUCAACAAACAAGAUUCGUCCGAAGCAAGUAAUAUGCGCAAAGUACAAAAGCCAACAGCAGUUAAGACAUCGCCAAAUUCAUACAACGGAUCAACACCGGGAUCCAUUGCGAAGAAAAUCUCACCUAAAACAAAAGAACGAGAGCGGGAAGAACGAAAGAAAAUCGUUUUGUGGCGUAGACCUCUGCAAACAAUUAAAUAUUGUUCGUUAGAAUGUUCAGAACUAGCGCAAACUUAUGGAAAGAAAUUAACGCAAAAUCGUAGUAUAUUAGGGGGAAUUUUAGUAUUAUUAGCAAUUUUAGGGCUUUUCUAUAAAAUUCCUGGGCGUCAUCAACAAAUAAUUGAUUUGGUACGUGCUAAUACAUGGUUCGUAGUGUAUUGGGUAGGUCUUGGAGUGUUGUCCUCAGUGGGUUUAGGAACUGGGCUACAUACGUUCCUUUUGUAUCUGGGGCCGCAUAUUGCCAGUGUUACGUUAGCAGCUUACGAAUGCAAUUCGUUGAACUUUCCAAAACCACCGUAUCCAGAUGAUAUAAUUUGUCCUGAAAUUUCCGAUGGGAAAAUUCCAAACCUUUGGAGCAUCAUGUCGAAAGUUCGGCUGGAGGCAUUCCUUUGGGGGGCAGGAACUGCUCUAGGGGAACUACCUCCUUACUUCAUGGCGAGAGCGGCUAGGUUAUCAGGAUAUGAUCCAGACGAUGCAGAAGAUCUUCAAGAAUUUGAAGAACUGCAAAAAAAGGCUCAAACGGGUGAUCUUAAUAUGCUCGAUAGAGGGAAAAUUUUCAUGGAACGUGUUGUGGAACGUGUGGGAUUUUUAGGAAUUUUGGCAUGUGCUAGUAUCCCGAAUCCUUUGUUUGAUUUAGCCGGGAUAACGUGCGGCCACUUUUUGGUUCCAUUUUGGACAUUCUUCGGUGCAACACUAAUUGGGAAGGCCAUCAUUAAGAUGCACAUCCAAAAAAUUUUCGUAAUAAUUGCCUUCAAUGAAGCUCUUAUAGAACGUGCUGUUGACUUCCUAGGAAGUAUUCCUUUAUUUGGACGCCGUUUACAGGAACCGUUCAAAACCUUCUUAGAAAAUCAGAAAAUUAAACUCCAUAGACAAAGUAGUGUCCCUCCAUCCGAAUCGGGAAAUGUUUUAGCGAAAUUCUUCGAAAAAUUUGUCGUAGCUAUGAUUUGUUAUUUCGUCAUUUCAAUAGUAAAUUCCUUAGCGCAAAGCUAUCAUAAAAGAUUGCAUAAACGGAAUGACAGAGUUUCGAAAAAAGUAGGAAAAGAUGAUUAGGUAGCUGCAUGUCUCUAUAGCGGUUUUGAAUUAAUCUACACUCGUUCUUCAACAUUUUACGUUUAUUUUGAAUUCAUUCGAAAAAGGGAAAGACAUUUGUGAUUGUUGUGUGUAAUGUAUAAAUUUUCUGAAGAUCAAGUACUAUUAUUACUCAGGUCCGAAUAAAAAUUGCAAAUUAUUACAAAAUCAGAAAAGAUUUUGGCGAAUUGCAUUUUAACAAUAAAAAAGCAUUUUUAGAAGAAAAGUUUCGAAAAAUUAAAAAAAUAUCUAAAUUGUAACGUUAUUUGUUUGGCAAACGCAGAACUGAAAAUGAGAUAUAUUUGAUAGGAAAAUUGAAUAUGUAUGUAUAUACGAGAAUAUGUAUAGUUAAGAGUUAUGCAAAUGUUUUGAUUUCCAUUUCAGUCCACGUGAUUGACCCUAUAUGUAAUAAUUCUGAUCUAGUCCAGAUGAAAGUACUAACCGAUUGUUCACAAAACUCCAAAAGAGCUGUUACUUUGCCCGCUCCAUUUCGGGAAGAACUCCUUCCUUGUAUUCCUAUUGUACAUAUGUCUUCUAAGUUGUUUGUGCAGCUAUGUUUCGUAGUUCUCGGUAAAUCAUAAAAUUGCAUUAGCGAUCAAAAUGGAAAUGUGGAAAAAAAAAUUCCCACAAAAAUGGAAACGUUCCAGUCGCCUACCAUUCCUCAAUCAUAAUCUGGGUAACAGAUAUCAAUAUUUUAACCUACGUUGUCCGCGACUUCAUGAGCCGGAAUAUUGCCAAGUUGGGUUGUCAUAUUCAUACCAAAAAGUGCUUGUAACUUCUCGUCGUUAAUGGCUAGCGAAAUUUCAUGUCUCGAAAUUGUGUACACAUAUUAUCAAUGUGGAAAUCACUUUACACAGAAAAACAUAUUGUUUUUGGGAAAAUGAAUCCGCAUCGCACAUUGUCGUCUAAUUUUAGAAUAUCUAACUUCACAUUGAAAUUUCAACGGGUCCGUUGCUCCCCCACAGAAACCGCAGCGAGGAAAUUGGGGAUAAUGGAUAUCUGGAUUAUCAUCUUGUAGAACUGUAAAUUGUCCAAUAUUAAAUGUUGUGCCCGUAGUGCUGAUAUUACUGCAAUGAUUACUGAGCGAUUCAUUUUGGGGAAGGCAAUUGCAAAAACAAUAUGUGACGCUAGAGAAAUAUUCGAAUAUAAGUAACAAAACAAAUGAUACACGGAACUGUUGUGACAUACAUAAUAUUAUACAUUUAGCGCUAUACACAAAAUACAUAUUUGUAUUAUCUAUAGGUGAUAUUUAUAACAAUACUACAUAUUGAAGAACCAGCGAUAUGAUGAUGAAUCUUAGCCUUAAGCAAUUGUGUGAAUGGGUAAAAAUAUUGAUGCUCAGCCUGUUUAUUAUAUUUACAUUCUGUAAAUUUAUGAUACAUUAGUAAAAUGUUGUAUUUGUUGAUGAAUUGCAAUGAUAAAAACAAAAUAUAAGAAAUAGGAGAAAUUUUAGUCGUAGUGAGUUGAUCUGAUUUUACAUUCAAAUAAUGAAAAAUGGAAAAAAUAAAGCAAUGUUGCAAUAAGUUUGUCUAUGGGCUUAGAAAAAA